AUGGAGAAGGAACACAUCAAGAUGGCCAUGCUGAGGCAAGAACAAACAUUCAGGCAGCAGGUUCACGAGCUGCACCGCGUGUACCAGGUUCAAAAGCAGUUGAUGAUGCAGAUGCAGAUUACCAAGACAAACAACUACGGAAACAAAGUUCCCGAAACGCAAACCGAACCAACAGUAAAACUCGAGCACCAACAAUGGUGUGGUAGCUCAGGCAAGACGGAGGCCAAGCUGGCCGAAGACUUCAACCUGGAGCUGACACUGGCAACUGGGGCUGGAAGGACGAAGCAGGAGAAGCCAUCCAAUUCAGACUCCGAAGCAACGAUGUCGUCAUCGACAUCUGCAGAAUCAGAGUCAGGGCAGAGAUUCAUGCCCAACUCCAAUGUAACAAAUCUAAGGUUCCAGAAUGAGAGCAAUAGGCAUGAUGAUCAGGUCAUGCAGUCUCCUUGGCACUAUCAAUGUUUAAGUCUCAAGAUGGCGUGA